AUGCCAACUCCAGGUACAGACGAGCUGCGUACUUCUCGUCUAUCUAAAUUCUUCAACGAUGUCAUCUAUGGCCGAAAGACAGUCACCACAGCCCACCAUGGCCGACUUUUUAUCGAAGCUCUUUGCCUCCAGCCUGAUCCCGCAGCAUGUGUAUCUGAAAUUCUAUCCGGUGGCUCUGGUCUCAAUGCCAUUCAAGUAUCCCUUCGAUUUGACAAUUCUGUCUCGUUCCUUAACAGCCAUGGAUCAAUGCUCCUUCAAUAUCUCCAGGAGGAGUCCCUAAGAACGAUUGGCUCAGGCUCUGUUUUGUCAAAGGUGCUGUGUAAUGUUGUUGAGCCUCCAUUUUUCUGGGAUGCAUACACGAAAGCCUUCCGAGAAGGGGCUUUGGACAUUGAUGCAUUCAAAUCCUACGCCUGGUUACUUUUCCAGCUAAUAUCUCUUCCUGGAGAUUGGGCUUCACUUCCUCCGCAGCUCGCCAGAAUGCCAGACGUCCUAGACAUGAUAUUGACUUGCUCAGACGGCAACGUACGAAACAUCGGUCACAAAAUCAAGCAUACGCUACCACAAGAUCCUACUAAGAAUCUAGUUGGCGCUGACGCUCAGCCAGGAGGCAGGCACGACAACGACCAUGUUGAUUACAGAAAGAUCUCCAUCAUGCCAACGGCAGACGAACUCUUGUCGCAAGAGCGUGCUUUUUUUCGCACAGCAGAAUUCCUCGAAGAUCCAGAAAACAUUUUGUCUCGCAGCACCAUGCACGUAGACAAUCAGUUUAGACUUCUGCGAGAAGACAUGGUUGGAGUGAUACAAGAUGAGUUGAAGAUACUAGGUGGGCUCAAGCAUGGUCACCAUAAAGGAAUGGUAAUCGACAAACUCAGGGUACGUGGUAUACAGGCGAAUACUGGAGAAAAAUUCAUCCAGCCAUGGGGUCUGCGGCUCGAAUGGGACGAGCUAUUGCCACAGUUACGGAAACUGGCUCCAGGUAAAAUGACUGAUUACCUAAAGAAUGAUCAACACAUCCUUCGCCACGGGAAUAUGUGCUGUAUCAUGAUUGACGAUGAAAUAGCCGCCUUUCCUACGAUCUCGCGCGAUGUCCAUCAGCUGGUGAAACAACCGUCAUCAAUCGUCGUACAGUUCACGGAUGACUCGACACUUUCUUCUACUCUUUUCAAGGCCAUAGGCGCAUCCAAUAUCAAACUUAUUCAACUGGACUCGGCAAUAUUUGCCUUUGAACCAUUCCUUCGACGACUGCAGGCAAUAGCCGAUCUGCCCCUCGAGGAAGAAGUCGUCACUUGGCAAUCUGGAGAUGCAAUUGCGACUUCUCCACUCAAACCAUCAAGAAUCUUGAAGGGUCUGGAAGCCUCAGCUGGCAAGGAUGUGGGACGACUCCUGGGAAUUGCCAAAAAGGUGAUCCUAGAUGAGUCACAGGUAGCGUCUCUUUGUUCUUGUCUCUCCCAGCGUGUCAGUCUAGUUCAGGGGCCUCCAGGAACCGGCAAAACUUUCCUGGGCGCUCUAGCUGGCAAAGUUCUCUUCGAUGCCACCGAUGCUGUCAGUCUGGUCAUGUGCUUUACCAACCAUGCAUUGGACCAGUUUCUCGAGGACCUCAUGAAAGUAGGGAUCCCGGACACAGACAUCGUUCGACUGGGAUCAAAAGGCACACACCGAACCAACCCACUGAGGCUCAGAUUCCAGCCACCUGGCAAGCUAACUCCUACCCAAUGGGCAGAGACCGACCGAUUGAAGCUCAGACUAGCUCAACACGAGAAGCGAUUGCGAGAGGCAUUCAAAACCUAUGAAUCUGCGAACAUCACCAAGAAACAGAUCAUGGAAUAUCUCGAAUUUGCGUCGGAAGACCUCCCCUUCUUUGAGGCUUUCGCUGUACCAGACGAAAGCGAAGACAACAUGACACGUGUUGGCAAACGUGGUAAAAAGGUGGAUAGUUUCUAUCUGCUCGAUCGAUGGAUCAGGAAUCAAACGGAUGAAGGUAUCUUCAAAAACAAAGUACAAGUUGAGGGGAGCUUGCCAAUAUGGGCUAUGAUAUCCACAACUCGAGAUUUUUGCAUGAAGAGAUGGCGCCAGGCAAUUCUCAGCGAUAUAAUCCAUUCCAUCUACGAAAGUGGUCGAGCAUUUAAUUCAGACCAAGCAGAGCUGAGUCGCAUUCUUGCCGAAAGAGAUGCAGAUGUCAUCAAGAGGAAACGCAUCAUAGGUUGUACCACAAACGGAGCUGCCUCUCAUUUCUCAGCCAUUCAAGCAGCAUCUCCAGGCAUCAUCCUCGUCGAAGAAGCUGGCGAGAUCCUAGAGUCGCACAUUCUGACAUCACUUGGCCCACGAACGCAGCAAUUGAUCCUGAUCGGAGAUCAUAAGCUACUUCGACCUAAAUGUUCUUACCCUUUGAGUGUGGUGCAGGGAGAUGGCUUCGACUUGAAUCGAUCGCUUUUCGAAAGGCUUAUACUUCGUGGAUUUCCUCAUGUAACUCUUACUCACCAACAUCGAAUGAGACAAGAAAUAUCUUGCAUGGUUCGGGAAUUGACAUAUCCCGAUCUGAGAGAUGCGACAACGACGCAGAGCCGUCCAGAUUUUCGAGGUUUCACUGACAAUGUCAUGUUCGUGAACCAUGCCAGUCUGGAGGUUGAGGUGAAGAAAUCUAAAGAGCUCAGAGAUGGCGGGACCCCUUCGAAACAGAACGAAUUCGAGGCACAGAUGAUACUUAAAUGUGUCCGAUAUUUGGCACAGCAAGGAUACGGAUCGAAAAAAAUGGUAGUACUGACGCUUUACCUUGGACAAUUAAGACUGCUCCGAGAUAAACUUGCUGGAGACAAUGACCCAAUCCUCAACGACCUCGACAAAUUUGAUUUGGUCAAAGCUGGCUUAUUGGGAGAUACGAACUCGAGGAACUCGAAGCCUCAACUUCGAUUGUCGACAAUAGCACGUGACGCCCUUAUUAUGGUUGGAAACGCCGAGACCUUCAUGCACGCUAAGAAAGGAAAGGAGCAGUGGCGAAAGGCAUUCCAGUUACUAGAAGAAAAUGGGCACAUUUACAAUGGUUUCCCUAUCAAGUGUGAGAAACAUCCCGAUCGAAAAGCUACACUUUCUUUUCCCGAAGAUUUUGAGCUACAAUGUCCAGAUGGUGGGUGCAUUGAACCUUGUGGUAUUCUUCUGUCUUGCGGAAAACACAAAUGUCCCAGCAGCUGUCAUCAAAUCGUCGAUCACUCGAAAAUGAAGUGCCUCGCCCUAGAGCAAAAACAGUGCCACAAAGGUCACAAGUCUACCUGGCGCUGCCACGAACACGAACCGAAGAGUUGUAGAGCUUGUGAGAAGGAGCGAAAAGAAGUAGAGAGAAGAGCACAGGAAGCAGGCGAGGAGCAAAUCAGACAGGAUGAGGAAACUCGCAAACAUCAAGCAGCUGUUGCCAAACUUGACGAGGAUAUCCGAAAGCUUGUGCAGAGUGUCAAGGAUGAACGUAUCCGAAACGAGCGCAUAGCAAUUAUCGCACAGAAGAAGCAGGACCUCAUCAACAGGCUGGCCAACCAAUUCGAUUUUGGAGUCAUUUUUGAGGUGGUUUUGAGGCUUUUUGGGGUGGUUUCAAGGGCGGGUAGGCAAAAAAAGACUCUUUGA